AUGUUCUACCCCUCCGAACUGCUGCAGCGCUCCGGCCCGCUGGCCCACGUCUGGCUGGCGGCCAAUGCCGAGAAGAAGCUCACCAAGCAGCAGGUCCUGCAGGACAAGAUCGAGCAGGACAUCAACGAGAUCAUGCGCCCCCAGGCGCCCUUCUCGCUGCGCUUGAGCGGCUCUUUGAUGUUUGGCGUGGUGCGCAUUUACCACAGGAAGGCGCGCUAUUUGCUCGACGACUGCACCGACGCGCUUCUGAGGAUCAAGAUGGCCUUCAAGCCCGGCAAUAUCGACUUGCCCGCGAACUCUCACAUUGCGAACCCCGCCGCACUCAUGCUGGCCGAUGCCAUCACCGACUUUGACCUGCUUGCGCCCAUGCCUGACCCCUCGUUGCUUCUGUCCCAGGCUCUUGACUUGCAGAACUUGGGUCUUCCGAAUCUCGGUGGUGAUUGGGACAUGGAUAGCAGCCAAUUUCUUUCUGGCAGUAUCGAACAGCCUCGACGCGCUGAAGCAGAGAUUUUGGGCGAGGAAGAAGAUCUGGGAAUUGAUCUUGGAGAAGACUUUGACUUAAUGGCUCCAUUGGACGAGGGCACUAGCAUCGAAAUUGGUCGUGAUGCGCCAGCUGCACGAUCCUUAGAGGAGGAAUUUGGAACCGAGAUCGGAGACAAGAGAACAGAGUUGGAGGCGGAGGCCGAUCUUGGACUUGAUCUCGGCGACGACCUUACCGAAAUGCCCGGCCGUCCCGAUAUCACCAUCACCGACACAGACGUCCCCAUGGGCGGUAUGACCGAGCUGGGUGAUCUUGACGAGCCCGUGCUCCCGGAGGAGGAGCCUCUGCGCGAGCGCUCAGCGUCGCCUCUGUCAGAGCUCGGUGAAGAGGAAGAACGCGCCCUAGAGCAGGAAGUGAGCGUUUUUCAACCUGCCGCUGAACAGGAGCCAGAGGAGGAAGAGGAGCAACAUCAAGCCCGUGCUAAACGGCGAAGAGUCAUCCAGCAGGACACCCAGACGCAGCUUUCCACCACCGAAAUCCGCGAACAGCAAAACAACCGCGAGGACAUCCUCAAGCCCGCCUCAUUUUUACCCCGAGACCCGCUUCUUCUGGCUCUCAUGAACAUGCAGAAGUCAGGUGGAUUUGUAUCAAGCAUCCUUAGAGAUGGCCGAAGCCAAGGCUGGGCGCCAGAAUUGAGGGGUAUCCUCUCCUUGGAGGUUGUGUCUCGUCCAGCACAGAAGCGAAAGCGCGAUAGCGCGGUUGCUGAUGUUGCUACUGCGGACGAAGCACGGGCAUCUGCAGAGCGGACACCCCAGUUGGAGUUCGAAGAGGACCAGCUUGAGAUUGAAGAAGGUGGCGGCCUUGGUGGCGACACUGAAAUUCAAGCAGAGGACGAACACUUCCAGUUACCUGCAGACGAGCCUGAGUUCAUUCCUCAAGAGGAAGAGGAGGAGGUCUUCUCACCUAUUCCGGACGACUUCGAUGUCACAACGGCUCCUCUCCUCCACCCUGCAGAUAGCGGCGUCGUGUCUCUAGAGACCAAGCAUGCUGUCCAUCUUCUACGACAAGUCUUCGGCGAUGCGGCUGAGACAAGCGAGGAGGAACGCAGGAACACAGCCGUCUCGUUCCAGGGCAUGUUUCCCGAGACCACAACGGCAAAGCCCGACAUCGCUCGCAUGUUCAACGAGAUUCUUGUCCUCGGCACCAAGGAUGCCAUCAAAGUCGAGCAGCAGACCACAGACAACGAACUCGGCGGACCGAUCCGCAUCCGUGCCAAGCGAGGCCUUUGGGGUUCAUGGGCGGAGACCGACGUGUCCGGCGCAGAAGCCAUUAAGUCGGCGGCUGCAGCUGAGGCUGGUCCCUCCAUCAGAGACGACACUCAAACGAGUGCUACAUCUGCUGCACCUCUUCCUUCUGCCGAGAUCGCCGUAGAGACUUAG